AUGAACGUCAGUUGCACAAACAAUAUAGCUGAGUACGGGGCAUGUAUCUUGGGUCUACGUUUAGCUCUCAACAUAGAUGUGAGAGAUUUUCAGGUAACUGGUGACUUGGAUUUGUUGAUUCAUCAGGUUCGAAGAGAAUGGGCUUCCAAAAAUGAGAAGGUUAUACCGUAUGUUGGACUCGUGCAAAGAUUGGCAGAUCGGUUACAAGAAGUCAAGUUCAAGCGUAUACCAAGAACACAGAGUAAGUUUGUUGAUGCAUCGGCAAUAAUAGCAUCCAUGAUUCCGCAUCCUAAUAGUAGGUACAUUGAUCCAGUCAAAAUUGAAAGCAGAGAUCAACCGGCUCACUGUGCUUUUGUAGAAGCAGAGACUGAUGGAAAACCAUGGUAUGUUGAUAUUAAAAUGUACUUGGAGAAAGCAGAAUAUCCUGAAGGAAUCACCGUCAAUCAGAAGAGGACUAUCGGGAAAUUGGCAAAUGGUUUCUUCCUCAACAAGAAUGUUCUGUACAAAAGAACCUCGGAUUUCGGAUUUGCUUAG